AUGGGACGUCGCUCACGACGUUUUGCUGUUCGAGGAACUCUUGCACUCUUUACUCUUGCCGGUGGUUGGGCAUCUUAUCACAGAUGGCAGUUAAGACGUUCUGCUGUAGUUCCAUUAACAUCUCUAGAAAAGACAAUAAUAUCACCACAAACACGAUUUGCCAAACUACAACAACUUGAGAAUGGUAAUAAUAAUAAUAAUAAUAAUAAUAAUAAUAAUAAUAGUAGUAGUAGUAUUGAACAUCCUUUUGAUGUACUUAUUGUUGGUGGUGGGGCGACUGGUCUGUAUACGGCUGUAGAUGCCGCCCAACGUGGAUUACGAGUUGCGCUUGUGGAUGCGGAUGAUUUUGGUUCGGGUUACACCAGUACAUCUCCUCCACUUCUGCCAGGGGCAUUUCCAUAUGUACAACGGGCAUUACGACAACGAGAUAUACAUUGGCUUUAUCGAGCUGUAGAGGCAUGGGAGGCUUUAACCGUAUGGUCUAAUGUGGCUUCGGGUAUAAUGGAAAGUCGUGUUCCUACGUUAAUUUGUUCUUCACAUAUGUUAGAAUUAGUAGAAUUUACAAUAGCGGCUACUAUAGCAACUGUAUUAAGUCCUUUUUGUGGUGUAUGGAGAUCUUUUAGAUUUAUACGAGGAUCUCUACUACAGCAGCAACUUGGAAAGAUGGAAGAUGAAGUGAAAGGAGGUAUUAUCAUUCAAGAUGCACAGUUAGAUGGUGCCGCUGCAUCUAUAGCCCUCGCACGUACAGCAGAAGCCUUGGGAGCAUUUGUAUUAAAUUACACUACAGUAACUCAAGUGAAACGUGUAAAGUCAACUCAUUCUACUACAAAUACGGAAGCUAAUUUUGCGGUUUCUUUAAAUGAAGUAAGUGCACCUAUUACUACUACUACUAAUACUACUAGUGGAACUGCUGCUGGUAAUGGUAGAUUACCUUCGAAAGAGUACACGGUGUAUACACGUAGUAUUGUUAAUUGUGCUGGAUCUUGGGUGGAUGAAGUUAAACAAUUAUUACCCGAUAACGCCUCAGACGCCGUACCGACCGCAGUGGAGCGACAUCAAGUGAGUUCUUACAUUGUAGUACCUCAAAGUGCAGUUCAUACAAAAGGUGGGAUUCAUCCUAAUAAUAAUAAUAAUAAUAAUAAUAAUAAUAAUAAUAAUAAUAAUAAUAAUAAUAGUUUUUCUGCUUUGGGUGUAAAAGCCAUGUUGUCAUCAUCUACAUUGUAUAGUUUUUCAUCCGUUAUGGUGUUACCAUGGUUUGAUGAUUGUGUACUGAUUGGUCCAAGUGUCACACCAUUAUCGCAGCUUCCGAGAAAAACAAUAGGCACAACACCAACAAUGAUAAUGACAUGGACAGGUGAUAGUGAUAGUAACAAGAGUAGAAAUAAGGUGAAAUGUGAUGUUUACGGAAUUCAACAGGAUCGUAUUUCUAAAGCUCUACAGGCUUCUGGUCUUACAGUGGAAAAAGAACGUAUUUUAUCUAUAAUCUCUUCUAUUGUACCUAUUCUUCGUGAACCAUCAAUAGUUCCAUGGGCAGAAGAUAUAUUGAGAAAGGGAUAUCAUAUCACAGCCGGAACACCGCAACCGCAUGUUGUUCAUAUCUAUGGUGGUACUUUAUGUUUUGCUAGAGAUAUUGCAGAAGAUGCAGUUAAUCAUCUCUUACAUGAUAGUGCGACCUUCACUGAAGAAGAGGUAAACACAUUCCAACCAUGUAGAACGAAACGUCUUCAACUACUCCUUCCUGAUCUUACAACCACAACUAAUUCUCACGACCCCAAUAAUAACAGUGAUGCUAACAAGGAUAUAUUGUCCCCGAUGGAUCGUGUGCGGCGACUGGUGCGGGAGAUGUAUGCGGUGCGGGUGGUGGAUGUUGUCGCCCGCCGCACUCACGUGUCGUUCAGCAGCCCGGCGGAGGCCGCAGCGGCAGUGACGGCGAUUGCAGAUGUGAUGAGCGGCGAACUCAAAUGGGAUAAGGCCCGCAGACAGGCAGAGAUAGACCUCGCACUGGCGUUUAUUCACAGUGUGGCCGUGUCCUGA